GCUUGUAGGAGCUCUGUGAAUUCAAGUGUGGUACCAUGAUAGGUUGCCUCCUGUGCAUUAACUCCAUCCUUGAACUUUUCUUGCUACUAAAUAUUCCACGGUCAACUGUUAAUGGUAUUAUAACAAAGUGGAAGCAACUGGGAACAACAGAAACUCAGUCACGAAGUGAUAGGCCACGUAAAAUGACAGAACGGGGUCAGCGCAUGCUGAAGGUUGGGUUCCAGUGAAGGGAACUCUUAAGGCAUCACCAUACCAAGACAUUUUGGACAAUUUCAUGCUCCCAACUUUGUGGGAACAGUUUGGGGAUGGCCCCUUC